AUGGACGAAAACAUUAAUUGUAACGGUACAGUUGCAGGCUCAUCCGAUAUUGUCCGGAAGACGCUCAGCUGCAACAAAAAUGAAGACUAUAAAUUCCCAUCGAAAAUCGUCAACAUCUGUCUUUGCCUCACUGCCGCCAGUGUUCCGAAAAUAAUCGCAAUUUUUCAGAUGAACCCGGCAAUUAUUUGCGCUCUAGUUAUGACUUCUACUGUGGCAGUCAUGCCACAGACCCAAACCCAAGCACCUGACGAAUCAGAUGAAAUCCUUGGUUCUAAUGGCGAUGGACUUGGGGAAGGAUGUUCUGAUGCUUUUGAAUUUAAAAUACAUGAUGAGGGAGGUUCUCAUAAUAGUGGACUUGGAGUAACUCGACCACCUCUGCUAAAGGGACGUCAUCCUCAUGGACCACUAAAAUUCUUCGCACCAAGAACUUAA